AUGCCUUUCUCUCAUCAUAGCCAUUCUGGCCAGUUCUGUCCUGGCCAUGCAAAGAAUUCCCUCGAAGAAGUCAUCCAGACAGCAAUCAAGCAGGGAAUGCAAGUAUUCUGUUUAACAGAGCAUAUGCCCCCUUUUUUUGCAGAAGCAUUACGACUACGUGAAAAGUAUGCAUCUCAGAUCAAGCUUCUAAUAGGAUUUGAGAUCGAUUGGAUUCGCCCAGAGUCUUUAACGUUAAUUGAAACAUCAUUGUCUCGUUUCCCGUUUGAGCUCUUGGUUGGCUCAGUACAUCAUGUACACACUAUCCCGAUUGAUUAUGAUGCCGCCAUGUAUGGCCAAGCACGGGAAGCUGCCGGCGGAACGGACGAGCGGUUAUUUGAGGACUACUACGACAGCCAGUUAGAUAUGUUGCAAAAACUAAAACCUCCAGUCGUUGGACAUUUUGACCUAGUUCGGCUGAAGAGCGACGAUCCAAAUGCUACUUUCACUAAAUACCCUAGAGUCUGGGAGAAGAUCCGGCGCAAUCUCCAGUUUGUGGCCAGCUAUGGUGGCAUGCUAGAACUCAACUCGGCUGCGCUAAGGAAAGGAAUGAGCGAGCCGUAUCCGAAAGCAGAAAUUUGCAAGGAAUUUUUAUCAAUGGGUGGCCGUUUCUGCCUGUCUGAUGAUAGUCAUGGUAUUGAUCAAGUAGGAUUUGGCUACCGAGAAGUUCUAGACUUCAUCGACCGUACAGGCAUCACGGCCAUACAUUAUCUUGAAUUGACCCAAGACGGAGACGCUCCAGACACGCGGUUCCCAUCCACGAAAGUUUGCUCCUUGUCCGUGGAAGAAGUAAAGAACAAAGCCUCAUUCUGGCUUUAGAUCAUCUGACAAUUGGACAUUUCCCAGAUGAUGCUUCGGGGGAAUUGACGUGGAAAACGAAAAGAAAUAAAAAAAUCAAUACGAGGCUUCAAAGGCCAAUCUUCGUCGUAGGAUCAGUCAAUCCAUCUAUCCUUAUCACUACGAACUACUAAGUUACAUGUGAUGUAUCAAUAAGCGUCCUUAUGUCGUAGAUAGUGUAACACGGCAAUUGGCGCGGCUGAUGCGUCAAAAGCAACA